AUGCUGGAUGUGGGCACAUUUGCAACGUCUAAAAGACAUUUAGAACAGUACAUGAACCGAAAAGGAUGCGGUGUGCCAAACAUAAAAUAUGAAAACAAUUUUGCCAGAGAGAUACGCCCUGGAGAGUUCCCAUGGCAAGUCCAAUUGCAGUUUAACUGGAGGUAUCUGUGCGGUGGUGUUAUUCUGAACAGAUGGUGGGUUUUGACAACAGCACAUUGUGUUUUCAUGUUCUCCAGUGAACUCUACCCGAAUCUGGUCGUCAUUGCUGGGACACUUCAGCAGGAUGACAUGCAAAUCAUUUAUAACGUUCGCAAAAUCAUUUUGCACAGAUAUUUUGUGUACGAUCUGUUUAGGGUUAAAAUCCCAGACCAUGAUAUUGCUCUUGUUCUGGUGCGAGAACCGUUUAUAUUCAACAACCUGGUGUCACCCAUCUGUUUUCCGGACGACCAGCACCUUGAUAUGGACACGGUAGAAAAUUGCUGGGUUACUGGAUGGCAACUGAAAAGUUUAGCUCAAGGUCCCAUGCCUCCAAUUUACCACAUGGUAAAGCAGAAUGUAGGGCAUCAGAGGCUUGCAAUCUGUGAAAAGUUCUACCCUGAGAACCUGAGGAAAAAUCUGAUUUGCGUGACGAACUGGGACAAGAAACAGUCUCUCUGCAUGGGAGGCUAUGGAGCCCCACUUGAAUGCCAGGACAAGCGCACAAAGAUUUGGAUCAUAGCUGGGGCUGCGAGCUUCUGCAAACAAUCGUGUAACUACACCGCCCUGUUCACUAGGUACUCCCACUACCUGAACUGGGUGGAAACACGCACCCUGCUGGCCGGGAAGCCCUUCUUUCCUGUCCAAAUGCCCCCGAAGCCCACCCUAUCCUGCAAGAAAAUCAGGCACUCGGUUAACAGGAACGCGAGAAGGAAAUCAGCGGGAAGGUGGGAACGGAGACGCAAGUGGAAAAAGCAGCGACACCGCAAGGUCGUCUUUGGAAGCAACUUGUCAAAUUCGCAGUGGGACCCCGGGCAAGUCCUCCCCUGCCUUGCACUAGUGCCGCUGCUGCUAGGCACAAAACUAAACUGA